AUGUUUAAAAAUCUCAAAGAAAAACAUGGCCACUUUUUCGAGUCAAAAGAGCCCAAUGCAUCCACUCCGCCUAGCGAACGCGGUCAAGAUCUGACGUCAAUACUGGACCGAUCGCAACGGGCCGACCUCACUGUACUCGUCGCAGAAAUUGCAGAGUCAAUGAGAAUUGGUAUUCUCGAGAUUUUCGAAAAUACCGAAGAAAGCUUGAAUAAAAGUCCAGCCCCUCCUACACCGAAGGAGGAGGCGGAAGAGGAGCACGAAGAUGCAGGACCACCGCUGCCUCCGAGGCCGGAUGGUACUUCUCCGGCGGAUGAUAAGAGCCUACAACCUUCCAGGGCCGACAUGAGGAAGAAAUCAUCAAAAGCCCGAGCUAAGAAAACAGCACUCUCACACUUUGAAGAUUGGCGAGAUGCUGUUCUGCUGCGGAUCGGCGAGGUCGUCAACAAAGAUGAUGACAGCCAGGUCCAACAGCCAGAUAAAGACCCAGCGACCCAAUCGGACGAUAUUCCGUUGGGUGAAGAUACUAAGCGAAUGGAAAAACUGGCGGAGAUAUAUCAUCCCAUCGAAACACCAUUGGCGCAGCUACCCAAAGCGACGAGGCUGCUUAUUCUACACUCCCUUCUCUUAUUAUUGCUCAGUCUUGAGCAUUACAAUGCCUAUUCACGUGUUCUGAUGCUCUAUACUGCAUCCAGUCUUGGUAUAGAUAUCAAAGUGCUGAAUGAGGACGAAGUCAAGGUAGCACGUGGACUUCUCGAUACUGCGCUCGCACUAUCAGAUCCAGAAGCCAAACAGCCGCCCAAGAAAAGCAAUGAUGCCCGCAAAUGGAAAGUCGGUAUUGCAUCGGUCGCUGGUGCUGCUCUAAUCGGUAUUACUGGUGGCCUAGCUGCCCCAUUGGUAGCUGCAGGCAUCGGUACUAUGAUGGGUGGUCUUGGUCUGGGCGCGACCGCUGCUGCGGGGUACCUCGGUGUUCUGGCUAGUAGCGGCGUGGUGGUUGGUGGACUUUUCGGCGCAUAUGGAGGACGAAUGACGGGUCGGAUGAUGGACAAGUAUGCGCGGGAGAUUGAAGACUUUGCUUUCAUUCCCACUCGAGGGUCGCGCAAGCGGACAGUGAAGGAGAGUGAUGCUGCUCGACAGGAUCAUCGGUUACGAGUUACUAUUGGUGUUACUGGAUGGGUGACUGAGGAAUCUAACUUUGUGGUUCCUUGGAAAGUCAUUGGAGCUGAUUCGGAGGUGUUUGCCUUGCGCUGGGAGAUGGAGUCUUUGAUGAAUCUCGGCAAUGCCAUCUCCUCGUUAGUAACGAGUGCGGCGUGGUCGGUUGCCGGAAAGGAAGUUCUGUCUCGUACCUUUUUCUCGGCAAUCAUGAGCGCAGUCAUGUUACCUCUUGGUCUUAUGAAAGUUGCCCGGGUCGUCGAUAACCCGUUUAGCGUUGCUAAGUCCCGAGCCGACAAGGCAGGCGAAGUUCUAGCAGAUGCAUUGAUCAACAAAGUCCAGGGAGAGCGCCCCGUUACUCUGAUCGGGUACUCCUUGGGGUCUCGCCUUAUAUUUUCCUGUCUCCAGCACCUGGCCAAGCGAGGAGCAUACGGGAUCGUCGAAUCAGUCAUUCUGAUGGGCUCGCCAACACCUUCAGAUGCAGAGUACUGGCGCCGCAUCCGCAGCGUGGUCAGCGGACGAGUAGUCAACGCCUACUCAGAGAAUGACUCUGUACUAGCCUUCCUGUACCGCACCAGCAGUCUCCAGUAUGGAAUUGCCGGACUCCAGAAAGUCGAAAACGUUCCCGGCGUCGAGAACAUCGACGUUAGCGAGAUGAUCAGUGGCCAUCUCCGGUACCAGUUCUUGCUUGGCAAGAUCAUUUCAUCCAUUGGACUUCAAGACAUCGAUAUUAGCGAAGUGGAGCGCGAAGAGGCUGCACUAGCAGCCGAAGACAAGAAGCAAGAGGAACAGCGUGUCAACAAUGAGCGUGAGGCGGGCGUGACAGAUCGUGAUUCAUCUGUUGCACGCGAGACCCUCAACAGUCAAGAUGGCUUUGGGGAGGAGGCACGGAUGCAGAAGCAGGUUGAGACGCAGACUCAGGAUCAUAUGACUAACCAUCGCAUUCACAUGUUGGACUUGGACGAUGAAGAUUACUCUUCGCCUUUGUCGGAUCAGCCGGGAAAACAUUCUGCUCUGUGA